GAGAGAGUGAGGAAUGAAUACAUUUCGCACAAAACGCAACGUUUCGACCUCGGCGACUGAGCGAGAAAAGCCAUGGCAGGUUUCGUCUCGCCGUCGCAGUUGGGAUCCCCAUCCUUCGCCACGGACGCCUCGUCCUUACGGCGCCACGUCAGCCCUAGAAUGUCGCACCAGUCGCCGAGACCCACCACCUCAACGACCGUCUUCACGGCCGCCACGAAGCUGCUGUGGGGCCCGUCUCUCCCUCCGGGCCUCCUCAUCUCCACCGUCCGUACGGCCUGGACCACCGCGUGGCAAUUCAUGAUGACCCAGCUCGCUCCUUCGGACCCAUCCGGCUCAUACACCCGACCGGCUUCCAGAUUCCGCCUCGACCAGACCCGGUUCGAUUCUGCCGCCUCCGCCGAGCUCCACCUCUACGUGGGUCUUCCAUGCCCGUGGGCUCACCGAACCCUAGUUGUGCGAGCCCUCAAGGGCCUUGAAGACGCCGUGCCGGUUUCAGUUGCCGCACCGGGCCAAGACGGGUCGUGGGAGUUCAAGGAUAACGAUUACCCAGGCGAGGAUAGGCUUAUCCCGUGUCGGGAUAAGGCAAACAAAGCUAGGAAUUUGAAGCAAGUAUACAAAUUGAGAAGAGGAGGGUACGAUGGGAGGUGUACGGUUCCGAUGCUAUGGGACGCUGGGAAGAAGGAAGUGGUGUGCAAUGAGAGCUACGAUAUAAUCGAGUUCUUCAACUCGGGUCUCAAUGGUUUUGCUCGGAACCCGAGUUUGGAUCUCUCGCCGAACGAGUUGAAGGGGAAGAUCGAGGAAUGGAAUCGGAUUGUUUACCCUAACGUCAACAAUGGCGUUUACAGGUGUGGGUUUGCUCAGAGCCAAGAGGCAUAUGACAAAGCAGUGAACGAGCUCUUCGGCACGUUGGAGAUGAUAGAUGAUCACUUGGGAAGUCAUAGGUACUUGUGUGGUGAAACCCUAACGCUGGCCGACGUGUGUCUAUUCACGACAUUGAUCCGUUUCGACCUCGUCUACAACGUUCUGUUCAAAUGCACCAAGAGGAAGCUUGUUGAGUAUCCAAAUCUCCAUGCGUAUUUGCGUGACAUUUACCAGGUUCCAGGAGUUGCAGGCACCUGUGACUUUCCGGCGAUAAUGGAGGGCUACUACAAAACGUUGUUUCCGCUCAACGCAGGAGGCAUUCAACCGGUCCCGCCUGCAUCCAGCGAUCACCAUUCACUCUUGAGACCUCACGACCGGGAAUCACUCGGUUCGGUUCAGGAAAAAAGAGUUGGAGUCAAGUUGUAGCACCAAGCAUAUGAUGUAUAGAAAGCGAAAUUCUGUGUAAGAGGGAGGAGUGAAGAAGAAUAACACCGAAAUGAAAAUGGUUUAUAUCAUAAAGAUCUUGGAGCUGUGUGUAUUCUGUACUCAUGCUUUGUAUAAAUCAAAAGGGUUAAUUUAACUUGUCUUCUCUUCA